GCAAUGAGUGCAAGCCGUCCGCGAAAAUAAAAGUCCGGGAACUCGUGGCCGCGGCGGCGCCUGCGCAGCGGGUCAGUGAGUGCCCGAGCCGCCCCAGCCCCAAGUGUCCGCACAUACACACCUCCGCCUGGCGCUGAUGCAAAGCCAAUGCAUCACCUUUGAUAACAUCUGUUCGACGCGCCUUCUUCUGUGUCCAGGAAGUCAAUUGAAACAUGAAAUUUAAAUACUGCGGCGACAACAACGCACAGCUGUCCAGUGGGCGAGGCUACACACUUAUGGAGCUACUGAAGGGCUCUGGCGAAUUCUGCAAGGCACAAUAUCACAUCAAAUAAGCAAAGAAGAUAAAGAAAGCCUGCAUCGUAUGCCAAUAUACAUGUGAAUUGUUGUGUGUCAGUGCGUGAAUAGUGGGAGACUGAACUUGUGAUGGGGUAAAGUGAAGGCACGAAAGUGAGUGGGGUCCCCAGUGGCUGCGUUGUCGUCUGUUGCUGCGGCUGCUACCACCACCACCAUCACCGUCACCGCCACAGUCAUCAACACCACUUCCAUCUCCACCAUCAUCAUCGUUGCCCUUCCGCUUUAGGGGCACCCAGUCCGAAGUCCUGCUGGAGAGGGCCUAGGCCAUUCUGGCAGUAGUUUUCAUCAAAAUCAAAAUUGGAGUUCAUCAACAUAGGUGGAGAAAGCUGGAGAGCAAUCCCUCCUGUCCCAUUCGACCGUGAAGCUGUACCCAGGCAGUCCCUUCCUUCACUAGCUCCAUCCUUGGCAAGCAUUUAACCAUUCAGUUUUUAUCCACGAAGAGCCAAAGUGCGUGUGUUCCAGUUGAAUGUAUGUAGUGUGUUUGCAGAACGGUGUAUAAUAUCUGAUAACUGCCUUUUUUUAUAGAUACGAAGUUCACAUAUAAAAGUAUAUAAAUAUAUAUAUAGCAUAUAUAUAUUUGUAAUUAUCAAGAUCUCUCAACCAUACAAGUCAGUGAGGUCUGUCUCCCCAUUCUGUGGAAGGUGUCAUCCUCCUCUGGGGAUUGCCAUUAACCUGCAUCAUUCAGUAGCAAAAAGUACUUCCAAGCAUCUCCAGAAGAAAGCAGCUCGCCUCUCCAUAGUAUCUGGAAGAGCCUACACCUAUUUUUUUUUGUACGAGCGUUAUGAGUGCAAACAGUGCAAACAUGAGAUCCAAGAGCAUCCGACCUGCCCCCUCCGAGAUUGAAUACAAGAACAUGCGCUUCCUGAUCACUGAUCGACCAACGGAUGCCACUAUGCAGUCAUAUAUUGAGGAAUUGAUGAAGCAUGGGGUGCAUGAUGUGGUGCGGGUCUGUGAACCCACCUACAAGACUGAUGAGCUCAAGAAAGCUGGUAUUUCUGUGAUCGAUCUGGUAUUUGACGAUGGAACCUUCCCACCAGCGGAGGUGGUGGAGGAAUGGCUAAGUCAUCUGCGUGUCCGGCACCGUGAGGAACCUGGCUGCACCAUUGCUGUCCAUUGUGUGGCAGGGCUCGGGCGGGCUCCUGUCCUCGUGGCUAUUGCUCUCAUUGAGCUUGGGCAACGCUAUGAAGAUGCUGUAGAGCUUAUCAGACAGAAGAGACGAGGAGCCAUUAAUGCCAAGCAGCUGGCUUACCUGGAGAAGUACCGUCCCAAGUCUCGACUCAGGCUAAAGAAUGGCCACAAGACUGGUGCAUGCUGCGUACAGUAAGGGUAGGGAGGAAAACAUACUGUUGACAUACAUCACACUUUGUUGAUGCCAUGUUAAUUUACUAAACUUGUUUUUAUUUUCUGUUAUUUUUGUUUUACACAAUCCAUGUAAUUUUUAUUUAUCCUUAAAACUACUGUUGUCCAAACAUUUAUGCAGGAUGCUGAGUGAGGCAAACAGAAAAUUCAUAUUGACUUAUUGUUACUCUUCAUACUGGUGUUUUCCCUUAGUGUACAAAGGGAAAUAAUGUUGAAAAUAUAUGAAUGGGGAACUCACUAUCCCAGAUAGCAUUGGCCUAAAGAAUGCAUAUCCUCCCUCUGUUCCCAGCCAGCUGGCUUACUAACACAACUGUUUCAUGUUCCAAAGUUGUUGUGUCCCUUUCUCUUGGUAUAAAGAGGUGAAAGAAUAGUGCCAUGGGAUGUUGCCAUGCGUGAAGGAUGUCCUUUUAUGAGUGUGUAGUCAUUUGGGGAGGGGGGUGGUACCUUAGAGCUCCUUUGUUCCCUUCUUGUUGAGGGUCUUAUCUUAUAUAAAUUUCAAAAGACAAUUAAAUAUGGCUUAAUGUAAUACUAUACCAAACCUUAGGCCUCAAAAUUCCUUAGUUUUAAUUUAAAUUUCAGCAGUAUAUUAUGAUCUGCAAGUGACAUGGAGUAGAGUGAGCUUGUUAAGUUAGUCAAGACAUUUGUUUCAUCCAAACAUGCCAGAUGGCCUAAAGAAAAUCUCACACUCCUAGAUUAUUUUUGUUAUUUGCAGAGUAACUUCUGCUGAUACUGCAUAAUUAAUUAAAAAUGUAAUGUUGACACAGUAUUUAGGCAGACUGCAAAUGAGUGUUAAUGUUUGCAUGGCAGGUCAUCAUUUGUGUGAUUCCCACAUAUUUUGUCAUGUUAGCUUUGUGUGUGUGUGUGUGUGUGUGUGUGUGCAUGCAUCUAUAUGUGUGUGGGUACAUGUGUGCCCACAUAAAAUAGUGUCCUUGCAUAUGCACUUACAUGUUCAAAUGUGAAUGUUUUUGUGUGCCUGUGUGCGUGCUGAGUGCAUGCCUUUGCAUGUCCAUGAAUGUAUGCUCAGUUGCCCAUCAGCAGGUGUAAGUUGAUUGCAUGCGCAUGUGUGUGUGUGUGUGUGUCUGUCUGUCUCUGUCUGUCUGUCUGUGUUUUGUAGGAGUACAAGUGUGCAUUGAUGAACAUGAAUUUUACUGUAGCAAUCCUGCAGCAUUCAUUCUAUGCCCUUUCUUUAGUGGUCUUAAUAUCCCCUGGGCAUAUGUAAGUAGACGUUUAGUUAUGUAAUUUAUGAAUCACACAAAUUUACACAAAUUUGAAGGACAUGGGUCUAUCUUAAGUUUUAUGAAGGACUUAAAUGGAUGGAGGUAGUACUGUUAGGGAGACAAGUCUGAAAACUGACAGCUUGACGUAAGAAAUUUGUAGUUGCUAAAAGUAAGUUUACUAAAAUCAUAUUCAGUCAAAAUUGGGCUGUUGACAUAUAAUGUAUGAGUGUUCUAUAAUUUCGCUUCUAAAUUAUGCAUGUCUAUAUCUGGACAAUUUUAAUGGCAUGGAUAUAUUGGCCGUACCAUGACUUUUGUUUUCCUUUAUUCCAUGCAUUGAUCUGUGGACACAGGAGGGUGGUCCUUAAAGCACACAUAUGAAAGACCCCAGCAGUUGCAAUUUUACUGCUGCUGUUUUUUGUUUCUUUUUAAUUUGUUUAGAUUAUUAAGUUGGUUCUUCUUUGCUUACAUAUCAUAACCAUCUCCCUUACAGACCAACUUACGAUAUGGUUAUUAUGUAGUCUACAGAUUUGUAUGUAACAGUUUGCUUGCAGUUUAUAUUUCAUACAAAGAAAAUUCCUGUACUUUUUACCUUGCAGAUGAACCUUAAUGAGGGGAGCAGACCAAGAUAAGAAAUGUCUAGAUGUGAAAAUUGUAUGAAUGAAGAUAGAAUGGUAAUGGGGAAUGCAAGAAAGCUGGAGUAGUAAAUUUUAGACAGAAUGCAUGAACAUGCAUUCCAAAUAUUUUUAACCUAUCUGACCUCAGUUGACCUUUAAUGAGGUGUGGCACAUCAUGAGGUAUCAGUGAUGGUUUUAUGAUCACAGCUAGUGUCAGGGUCUGGGGUGGCAGUACUAGUGGAGUUUGUGAAUGUGUAGUACUGUCCAUUUUACUGCAGUCUUCUCUUAAUCCAUUUUAUUUCCUGAGGACUUUCCCCUCACCCUGCAGAAGUGGAAAAGGGAUGUUAUGAUGAUGAACUCUGCUUGCCGAUGUUACAUAAAGUUUUGUUGUAAUAAACAUGUCCAGGUUUUAUGUUUAGUGGACUUUUUUUAUCUUAAGAAUAAAUAUAAAUUUUAAAGUUUUUGUUUGUAUACUAUUUUGUCAUUUAGAAAAUUCCUAAAUGUGGCUGAUACAUUGAUAAAUCUUGAGAAAUUAUGAGAGUAGAGUUCUUUUCGUGUAUAUAUAUAUAUAUAUAUAUAUAUAUAUAUAUAUAUAUAUAUAUAUAUAUAUAUAUAUAUAUAUAUAUAUAUAUAUAUAUAUAUAUAUAUAUAUAUAUAUAUAUAUAUAUAUAUAUCGUGCCUAUUUGUAACUGCAGCGAAGUAUAUCAUUCUUCAGCCUGAUUUUCUACAAAGAAUUUGCUGUCUUUGCUACCAAAUUUACAAUAAUUAAACGAUGUGACCCCUGAGCCCCCUUCCGGAAGAAUUUGUUCACAGACAGAUGUGGAUAAUAAAUGGUGACACAUUUGAAUAUCAGCCACUUGAUACGUACCACUUGCUCAGCCUUAUCAUCUUCUGUAUCAGUCUUCUAUAAGCAUCCUGCCAGAGAAUGUAAAUUUACUUCAAAACACUCGAGAAAACUUAACGUUUUCCCACUCCCCUUCAUAGCUAUUUUUGUUCAAUCCUUAAAGUACUUAUUGACAGUCUACUCUUUUUCUAUUUUCUUCAUCUCUUAUUACUCUUAUUUUAUGUUCUCAUCUCAGAGGGCAUCUUGAUGAGAUGGAGAAUCAUAUUCAUGGGAUAUUUAUAUAUUUUUAGCAGUUUAACCUGAUGCUUCUCUGUCAAGAAAAUGCCUUCAUUAGGACAUUCUGGAAAACAUUUCCAGGCCAAUGAAGCACAGAUGAUAGUAAGAGGCAUGCACUGCAUACUCAAAUCUGGUUUACUUUUCAUCUUGGCAUUCUCAUUCUAAAUGUUAAGGAAGUUGAAUUAGUUACCAAGUACAGGACACUGCCAAGUACUCUCUCCCUCAAUUUUUUCCAUUUUGUUUUUAAUUCAUAACUGCUCUUCUUUCUCCUUAACUUGUAUAUCUUCUUGUUUACAUUAUUUUCACACAGAAUUUUGAUUUAGUUUGGUUUGUUUGUCUUGGAAAAUACAAGUUGUUUUGUAAGCACUAGUUCAUACUGGUGGCUUGGAAUUAAAAGCUGCUUCUACACCAUCAGGUCUCCAACAGAGUUUUAACAACACAUAUCGAACUAGUGGCAAUAAGAGGCACCCUACAAUACAUUCUUGAGAAGAGACCUAUAAUAGUGCUCAUAGCAUCAGAAUAAAGCCUCCCUUCAAGUCUUAUUCCACAUCAACCCCACUGAUGUCAGCCUCGUCACCCCCGUCCACUACCUGGCAAGCACAAAAGCACAAUUAAUGCUAUGGAAAUUACCAUCACCCUCCUUUGGGUACCAGGGCAUGCUAACACGAGGCAAUGAACUGGCUGACUGCUGCUCAGGCUGUGGCCUACGGAGUGAUGAUAAAUGCGCCCAGCCUGGCAAUGACAAAGGCCGUGAUCCUGUUACCAAGACCACGAGGCCUAAGUGGCCAACAGCUUGUCCUCUGGUAUGUGGUAUGCAAGAGCCACUCCAUGAACCCCUCUCUCCCUCCCAACACCCAUCGAAGUCUGUGUGCCUACCUGCACUGUCUCCACUUUGGCUACAAGUGCCUGGCAGAGCUAACAGAUGGAGCCGCUGCAAAAUACUGGAUAAACUAUAAAAGCCAAAAUUGAUUAUUCCCUCCUCCACAACAUACUAGAAUGCACUGCAGCCUCCACCCUAAGGAACCCUACAUGAUGAUACCUAGGCAGUAAUGACUCCGCUGCCCCACUGAUAGCUGCUAACUUGGUAGCUUCAAUGCCAACACCUGUACUCCCAACUCUUUUAAUAGUGUUGUACCUUCACAGACAAUGGACUCAUUAACCUCUGUGGGGUCAAAAUAGCCCAGUCAGUCAGCUUACUGGCAAACAUUAAAGAAGAGCAGGUAUUGGUUGGCAGGGAAAGUGAAAUAUUUGUCAUGCAGGUCUGUUAUUUCUGGGGGGGUUAGGGGGGUCUGUAGCCCCCCCCCCAAUGUUUUCUAUAUUGGCCUCAAAAUGACCCUAGAAGUUCUUAUUUAAAAAAAAAAAAAAAAUAAAUAAAUAAAAAAAUUCCGAUUACCUCCUCCCCCCACCUCAUGAACCCAAGAUGCCCUCUAGCCCCACUUGAAAAUCUGCCAAAAUUACGGGCCUGUCAUGGCACACACUGCGACAACUGAGAGGUAAAUCAUAGGCAGCCUGUGAGUGAGAUGACCAACUUAUUGAUGGUUUAACUCCAAUCCUUCACUGUCAACACUUACUUAAAUCUCUAUCCCUCCAUAUACAAGUUUAUUGCUUCAACUAUGUUGCAUUAUUGUCUUCAGUUCAUGUUUGACAGAUAUUCUUAAGGAGGCACUGAUUAUUUGAAAGGCCAUCCAUAAUGAUGACAGUAUCUUCCAACGCUGAAGCUAUCAUCACUUGUAGAUUCUCUGGUUCUAUGGACUGACUAUUAAUAUGGCUGAGACAGCAUGUAGAAGUUGGAUUUAUCCCACUUAUAUACAUAGGUGGAUGAGUAGUUUGGUGAAAAGGGGUACCCUCACCCCUUUUCACCAAACUACUCAUCCACCUAUGUACAGGCCUGAGGCCUGUUUUGAAAAGCUGUUUUGGGAAAAAAAAGCAUACUUCCUCAAAAUGCAGACAGUUUUUAUUGUGCGCCCUAAACCUUUGCCAUGCAUGUUUCACCCGAGGUUUCGGGUUAUCAGGAAUCCUGAGUACAUAUUUCAACCCAUGCACAUGACAUUUACAGUUUUGCUGAAAAAGUUUGAUAGUGUUCUGAUAAUGUUACUCCUGCUGUGUCUACAAAGGCACCUAAUCUAUGAAACAAGGGCUCCUUUGCAGUUUGGAAAUCAUGGUGAACUCUUUGUUGCCUGUCUUGUGCUCAGUUGUCAUUCCCAUACAACUUUUGAAGAAUAUUGGUGCAGCUCUUGGUGUUCCUGCUCUUAGUGAUGUAUGAGGUUUUGAAGUGAUAGGCUCUGGCAGUGGCAAGGAGGGAGGUGUGACAGGUAACAGUGGUGAAAAGUGGACUUUUGUUACUUUUGAUGGCAUGCAUAGUCUGGACUUCCCAGUCACAUCGGAAUCCUUUCCCAAUUUCCUUUCCAAUCUCCAUGUACUGUUGCUUCUGCAUCAGUAACUUAAACCACUGUCGCAUCUUGCUUAAACAUAGACAAUAAGCUGAACUACAGACAAGCAAUAGAUAUUUGGAGGUGAGUGGAGUGACUAUCUACCAAUAGUUGUUGACUCAUUGACUCCUCCAGUCUGUGCUUGGGAUGAUGAUAUGAUCACACGAAAUUGAGAUGGUAGCAACUGGCAUGAUAGUGGCUGAAUUUCUGAUGUAGUCUUUUGUGAAUAAAACAUUGAUGGCUGGUAUCCUGCAUAUUUUAUGCAGAUGGGGUUUCAUAAAUGCUAGAAUGUUUUCUGUUCUGUACACUCGUCAUGGGAAACUUCUUACCCACCCACAAUAUUGGAAGUUCUCAGAUUUUUGAGAAAAUUUUCACUGAAAAAGCACAGGAAUUUUCUUUUUUGCUUGCAGUUAGUUUCACUUAAAUGCCUUUUAAUUUAUAGGUGUCUUCAGUAUUCAGCUUUUAACAAUGAAACAUCAAGAAUAUGAAAGUGUUAGUGUUAGUUCUUACAUGGUGUAAAUGUCUAUAACCACUGAUGACUUAAACUGUGCAAUGUUGCACUGAUCUGGGAAAAUUAUAAGGAAUGCCUGUUCAUUGUCCUUAUUAACUUCAAAAUGUCAAGUUUUCUUGGCCUUAGAAACAUACAGCAGCUUUCCUGAUUUCCUGUAAAGUGUGGCUUUGGUCUAGACUUAGCAUUACAAAUUGGGUAACAGCGGCAGUCUUCAUCAUAACAGUUUGUCUUGCUAGUAUUGCAUAUUAUUUUUCUUUCCCAUGACAGAUAUGUAGCUAUAUAGUUCAUAGUGGCAUUUAUCAAAAUGUGGCCAUUAGUGGGAGUGGCUUGGUGUUCCCAGUUCCAAAAUGGUUUAUUCAGAGGAUAUUUCUACUUGUUUAAAUUAGUGUGAAGAAGACUAAUAAUGGAAAAUUAAAGUCUGACUUACUGUUUGGCAUUUCACAAUUAUCUGAGGGUAGCUUGUUCUGCCUUUGCUCUGAGGAUGAAUCUUUCAUGGCUGUGACUAUAGGCCAUACAUUAUUAGCCACUAAAAUACUUUCUUUUUUCUUAAGGGUGUAUGGAAUGUCUGCCUGUAUAAAAGUUUGAGUGGUAUUUUUUUCAGCAUCUACAGUCAAACCUUGUUUUUUCUAGCCUCAGGGAAUAAGGAUAGAAAUAGGAAAGUCAGGGCACGCUUUGUAAAGAAAGGUAUGAAAUGAAACUAGUCCUGUCAGGAUUUAUACUGAGUUGAAUUAACAAGGUCUGAGUGUUUAUUGUCAUGUCUGGGUCGAGUAAGCCACCGCAGACAAAGCUUGCUGCACAAAGAUGAAACUACCAUGAGGCAUCACAGAAUGCCAAGAACUACUUUAUAUUAUUAUUGACUGGAAUUUAGAGGUAAAGAUGUUUUUUUCUUUUUUUUACGGUUGUAUGGACACUCGACUUGCAGUCAUUUUUAAGCCAGAGAAAAUUGUCUUCUGUGCCCUUUUUCUUCUAAUGGAAACUCAUUCACUAACAUGGAGUUUAUUGAAAAUGUGCAAUUUAUUCUAAUUGUUUUAUGCAAACAGGUUAAAAUACUUUUUAAGCUGCUGUAUAUGACUUUGUUGAGUUUUUACAUGGAGACAGAAGCUGGCCAUCUCUGGUAACCUUCCUUGACUUGGCACUGUAAACUGGUGUAGCAAUGUACUGGGUUACAAGCUAAAGUCCCAGACUCCACUGGUAGAAGUUUGUUAUGCAGCACUGACUCUACAGUAGUAUGGGUUUGGCGCAUUUUAUUUCAAGUUUUUAUGCUGUCAUGUAGAAAAGAUGACAUGGAGUAUGCACUUCACAUCAGUCUUAAUUGGGAAACUACUCUAAUAUUCUCCCUGGUUGUAUAACUGCUUUAGUAUUUAUUUGAACUUGGGUUGAGUUAAUGUACCAUUUACCCACUCUUGGAUGAGUGUUUUACACUGAUGAAAACUUAAGCUCUGACAUGGCCUCAGUAAGGAUUUUCAUCUUAAUGUGUAUUUUAAGAUCAUGUCUUGUAUAUUUUGGAUUCAAAUUCUCAUUUUGUAAACUUCUAUGCAAGACUGGACAAGAUGACUUUCUCUUAUUCAAAUAUUUUACCAAAACUUUUCUUCACUGAAAAUGAGUCUUAGCUCCCCUGUUACACGUUCAGGGAAGACUGGAUAGGUAUGUCUUUACCUUCAUGUUUGAAACUUGUGAUGUGUUUCUUCUUUGGGAUUUUGGUGAUCCCUCAAACUUUUUCCAGAAUUUGAACAUGAUGGUUGACUUUAACUGAGGAUCCCAGUCUUUCCCUGUUCAUCAGUGUGAAGUAGGCCACAGAGAUAUUUUCAAUUAGGUUUUAAAACUUCCAGAAGAGAGCUCUGUAUAAGUAGUUUUUGUGACAAGUCCAGCCAGCUAUGUAGAGAAUGUCUAUAUUAAGAUCUUUGUGGUUUUAAAAGCUAUGGUGCCUAAUUUUAUCAUUUAAAGGCCUGCCUUGCAUUUUAUCACAUAGUACUCAACUAUAUUUAUGAGCUGUUUUAUUUAAAAUCAUUUAUGGUAUUGUAAGAAACUGUAUUUAUCCCAUGACAAUUCAUUAUUUUUUUCCCACAAGGUCAUGGCUCUCUGGCCUUGGUGUUGGGCACAGAAAUGAUUAUUUUUCUGCAAUGAAAAAGAAAUUCUGAACUGCAGUCACACCAGGUCCUACAUGCAGAUCUUGUUUCCUGUUAUUUUGCCGCCUUAUGGCCAACUCCCCCACCUCUCCUCCCCCCCUGAGACAGUCUCCUGGUUAAGUUACAGAGUGUGGCCAUGGAAAGUGUGGUGGCCAGCUCUUGCAUCACUGUGUAUUACAUUGUUGGCCCUCGCGUUAUAGAUGCACUAGGUGACCCAAGUGUUGUCGUUGCGUGAGGGUCCUGGUGGCGCUGCUGUGGCAUAAUCUGUAAAGCCCUUGUGGAGCUGGCCAGGCCACACACAGCCUUUGUAAGUGUCUGUAUUUUUGGCUAACGAUAGCAGUGUGAACUUGUUCAUAAUAAAGUAUGGUUUUUUGGUAAA